AACGUGGACAGAAGGACCAAAGCAGAAAAGCUGCAAAGCUGAGCUGUUCGAGUUCCAAAACCAGCGCCGAACAAUCUUAAUCCAUAACAGAAUAUGCCUCAUGAAUAGCCAAACAAGCCCCAAGCAUUGUACCCUUGAGUCCUCGAUCCCCUUCUCUCUGCGUCCUGGCGCAGCAACGAAUAUCCCCUUCGCCAAAUUGACCAUACGCGGACAAAGAAUUUAACUUUGAGAGAGAGAGAGAGAGAGAGAGAUCAGCAAUGGCGGAUUCAGAGAACGAAAAGACACUGAGAAAAAUCGCCGAUGCCUUCAAGGAACUUGCGGCGACGGUUAACUCGCAAACCGCGGAUAUGGAGGUGGCACCUUUUUCACGCGCCUGUUCUUUCGUCUCUCCUCUCUUUGGUUGUUUAGGCAUCGCCUUCAAGUUCGCUGAAAUGGAUUACGUAGCUAAGGUUGAUGAUCUUGAAGAGGCGUCAAAGUCAAUUGCAACGCUAAAUGCGAUGCUUGAUAGGGAUAUGGAGGAGAAUUGUGUGAGGAAAGGUGGGAGUCAUACAAGAAACCUUUUGAGAGUGAAACGUGGCCUUGACAUGGUCAGGGUACUCUUUGAACAAAUUCUAGCUACAGAGGGGAAUUCCUUAAAAGGACCAGCUUCCAAGGCCUAUGCUCAGGUAUUUGCACCCCACCAUGGGUGGGCAAUCAGGAAAGCUGUAGCUGCUGGGAUGUAUGCCCUCCCUACAAGGGCGCAGCUGUUGAAAAAGCUAAAUGAAGAUGAGGCGUCAGCGAGGAUUCAAAUGCAAAACUAUGUAGCAGCAUCUGCUCCUGUCAUUUUGUACAUUGAAAAACUCUUCCUUUCAAGAGACUUGGGUGUGGAUUGGUAAAAGAUAUUGAGUCUCUGUUUAUCGUGAUAAUGUCAAUCAAGCAAAAUAAACUAGCUAUUAAGUCGCGUCCAUUAGUCCAUUUUUCCUUCUUUUUUGCCUCUUUUUCCUUGUUCAGAACACUCUUGUAUAAAUGUACGCAUCCUACAAACUUCUGUAUGGUUGAAACUUGAAACUGAAAACAAAUACAUGAUUGUUAGUUAUUAGUGUGAUAUGAAUUGAAUUUUCAUAGCUCUUUUUGA